GGGCCGCUCCAGAUCCAGGAGUGCUGCUGUCUCUCAGACGGAUGAUCAGGAGCUUGAGAGACGUGGCUCUGGUGACGGCGCUCAGGAACCGCUGCCAAACCCAAACCAGCCGCUGAGCCAAGAGCUGCCUGGAUACAUCGCACCUCUGCCUUCAGAGUUGGCCGUUUCUGUGUCCACAGAUCAGCCUCACAGGAAGAGGAAGUGGCAGAGCGGCAGCCAGGAGGAUGAGCAUCCGUCUCCUUCAUACAGAAGAGCUGCCAAACGCUCCCGCAGAGAAGCGUAUGUGAAGGGCCCAUUGCUGGGGCGAGGAGGAUUCGGCUCUGUGUAUGCUGGGACCCGCAGGUCUGAUGGACUGCCAGUUGCCAUCAAGUACGUCUCUAAACGAGGAACACAGAGACUGAGAGUUGAAGGUCAGGGUCGGCUGCCGCUGGAGGUGGCGUUGAUGACCCUGGUCAAUUCGGCUCCUGCCUGCCCCAACGUCCUGAAGCUGCUGGAGUGGUUUGACCGUCCCAGACGCUACACCAUGAUCCUGGAGCGCCCGCUUCCUUGCCAAGAUCUGGAGAGUUUCUGUGAGGAGAACGGACGCCUGGAGGAGAGUCUGGCCAAGAAAGUGCUGCUGCAGCUGAUCACGGCGCUGAAACACUGCGAGAGCCGUGGAGUCCUGCACCGGGACGUCAAACCAGAGAACCUGCUGAUCUCCACAGACUCACAUGACAUCAAGCUGCUGGACUUCGGCUGUGGAGAUCUGCUGAAAGACUCGGCCUACAAACACUUUGCAGGCACUCUUCAGUACGCCCCUCCUGAGUGGUUUCGGCAUCACCGUUAUCAUGCGGGACCGGCUACGGUUUGGUCAGUGGGGGUGACGCUCUACAACAUCCUGUGCAGCUGUUUCCCCUUCAGAGGCGCAUUGAGGGUCACCUCCAAAAGCAGACUGCUCUUUCCUAGAGAGCUGUCGACAGGCAAGAGACAGAAAUCAGGUCCAGAUCCAGGUGAAGCGUGUGGUUUUGUGUUCCUGAACACUGUGUUGUGUGUAACAGAGUGCCGUCAGCUGAUUCGCUGGUGCCUCAGUGCAGCGGCAUCAGAUCGGCCCAGUUUAGACGACAUUGAGCGCCACCCCUGGUUACACUGAGCAGGUGGCCAGUGACACACACUUAUCUGACUCACAGCAGUCAUGGCUGGAUUGUCUUGUUAGGAUCAGACUAGAUAAAUGCUUCUGAUUGUUUGUAUAGGGUGAGCAGGAGUGACACAGGAAGUGCAGAGAACAGCUUCCUGAUCACCUACAGAAAGAGCAGAGGAUCAUGGACUAAU